UAACAGCGUGCCUCUCUCUCCGGGGUGGCCGCGACUCCCGGGUAGCAGGAGCUCCGGUGGCACGGGAGGUCCCCGAGCCGCCAAUGCCUCCGGGACGAGCGGCGGGGCCGGCGGCGUUUGACAGGAGCGCGAGCAGGACACGCCUCCCCUCGCCGGGGCGGCCCCGCUGCCUCCCCCGCGGCGGUGGCUGCCCGUCCUCCGGCGGGGAUCGUCCCUUCCCGCCGACCGCCAGGGCUGGCGAGGUGCUGGGGACGGGCGUGGACCAGGAAAGCCGGAUGCGUGUUAAAAAUCAUUUAAUUCCGAGCGCUCGCUUGUGUUGGGAAACUGUUGUGCUGAAAGGAAGAAUUAACUGGUCUUUCAACUUCAGCCUUUUUAUUGUGAGAGGGGAGAUCACAGAAGUGUUACCAUGGGGAGAACAUCAGCGAAAGUCUAGAAUUCCGCCUAAGAACGAUUUCAAAGUUGGUAUGAAACUGGAAGCCCACGAUCCUCGCAAUGUUACCUCAGUUUGUAUCGCUACUGUCAUCGGAAUCACUGGUGCCAGGCUAAGGUUGCGGCUCGAUGGAAGUGACAACAAAAAUGAUUUCUGGAGGCUUGUGGAUUCCUCAGACAUACAGCCCAUUGGGACCUGUGAAAAGAAAGGGGGCAUGCUCCAGCCUCCACUUGGGUUCCAGAUGAAUGCAUCCUCUUGGCCAAUGUUUCUCUUAAGAACUCUCAAUGGAGCUGAAAUAGCACCUGCAGCAUUCUUUAAGAAGGAACCACCAAAACCUGUGCCAAACUGCUUUAAAGUUGGAAUGAAACUUGAAGCUAUAGAUAGAAAGAACCCAUACCUGAUUUGCCCAGCAACCAUUGGAGAUGUUAAAGGAGAUGAAGUUUUUGUUACAUUUGAUGGUUGGAGAGGAGCAUUUGACUAUUGGUGCAGGUGUGAUUCUCGAGAUAUUUUCCCAGUUGGAUGGUGUAGCUUGACAGGCGAUGCAUUACAACCACCAGGGAACAAUGUUUCCAUUACAAAGAGCAGUGCAAAAAUCCAAUCUUCCCCUUCCAAAGUGACCCGGCGUUCAAUGCAGUCUCCACAGAAAUCUGCUCCAGUACCAGCGCAGCGGGGCAGGAAACCAGGUCGGGGCAAACCCCCUGGACAGUCUGCAGUUCCCAAGAAGGGCAGGUCUCCUAAAAAUAUUCCCCUGACAAAAAGCACCUCUCAUACUGAAAAUCUUAAAACAAGGAAAAAAAGUUUAAAACCUGGAAAAAAGAAAAAAUUCUUGCCAGAACAACUGACUCCUACAUCUCUUUCUCCUCAGUCAUCUCCUGAAGGGGAAAAUGGCACUGCACAGAUACUUAAAGAUGGAAUCAGUUUGUCUGGUGCAACUGCAGCAGUUAUAUCCACAGUGUGUGUUUAUGUGAACAAACAUGGAAAUUCUGGGCCUCACCUGGAUAAGAAGAAGGUUCAGCAGCUUCCAGACCAUUUUGGACCAGGUCCUGUAAAUGUGGUACUUCAGCAGGCUGUACAGGCUUGUGUGGAUUGUGCCUAUCAAGCCAAAACAGUCUUUGGAUUUCUGAAAUCUGGCCAUCAUGGAGGGGAAGUGAUAACUGCUUCCUUUGAUGGGGAAAAGCACACCAUCAAUCUUCCUUCUGUAAACAGUGCAUCGUUUGUCCUACGCUUCUUGGAGAAGCUCUGCCACAGCCUGCAGUGUGAUAAUCUGUUCAGUAGCCAGCCUUUCAGCCCUUACAUGGGAUGUGCACAUAGUCCUAUGGAGUACGACAGGAAUAAGCCAGCCAAAGAAGAAAUACCUGAAAACAAGAGUGCUAAACGAUACCCUCAGGACUCUCCACCAUACACUGCUCCUCUUUCCCCUAAGCUUCCCAGAAACGAUGCUCAUCCAUCUGAAGCAGAAACAUUGCCUAUAGAGGAAAACAGCACUUCCAAAGAUCACCGAUUUUCUGAGGAUUCUAUGGAUUCUGCACUUAAUUCUGUAAAUCCGUCAAACCCAACCUGUCGAAAUUCCACAGAGUACCGCACUUCAGGAAAUGCUGCAUAUUACAGAAAUUCUCAUCAGCCAGCAACUGCUACCUCAAAUUCAGCCCCAGUCCUGCGCAGGCUGUCCCUGAGCUCGGCUGGCAGCAGUGGUUACUAUGAAGUCAGCAGGAAUCGGAUACAGAGGCGCAUUGAAGCUGCAAGCUCCACAACUGGACCGGAUUUGAAUUCACUAAAAAGGGAACCUUCAAGAAUAGUGAAUAAGGAUCCUUCCACCUGGUCAAUAGAGGAAGUAGUGCAUUUUGUGAAAGAAGCUGAUCCACGGGCACUGGCUCCACAUGCUGAACUCUUCAGGAGACAUGAAAUUGAUGGGAAGGCACUACUCUUACUGAGGAGUGAUAUGAUUAUGAAGUAUAUGGGACUGAAACUGGGGCCUGCCCUAAAGUUGUGCUACCACAUUGAACGACUUAAACAAGGAAAGUUCUAGCCAGUGGGAAUGCCACAAACGUGUGUUCGGAUCACACCAAGCUCUCAGGUUCACAGCCAUCGCCUUGAUUUGAAACGCUUUUGCUGAUAUAAACCUUUAUUUUUUGAAAGUGGCCUCGAAUUGUGAAAGAGACAUUCAGGAUAAAGGGGGGGAGGGAUUUGUAUUACAUUCUAGUAUUUUUGCAAACUGUUUAACAGAAAGUUGGCAGGGAAGGACAGUUGAUCAUACUGGGUCUGGGCAGGUCUGGUAACAAUGCUCUCUGAAUCCUCAAAAGUGUGUUCUGUGUUACAGGCUUCAGCCAACGUGUUCAUAUCCAGAACCAAAACAGCUGAAUCCCAAAGGGAAAUAAUAAAUUAAACCAGCAUCAGGUGUUAAUAAUUUUUACCGGGGUGGCUGUAAACUUUUAUAUUGCAAGAAAACCUUAAAAUAGAAAAUUUCAUCUCUGUAGUGAAUAUUCUGGUCUUUCAGAAGAGAGGAAGGGAAAUAGAAGAGAGGGCUUAAUACAAAUAUAAGCUUUUAUAAAGUGUGAUUAUCAGUCCUCUGGGAAGUUAUGAGGACAAAUGUAUCAUAUUGUCAGUUUAGGCAGGCAGUAAAUAUUUCUGUUUCAUGGAAGAUCGUAUUGGCUGUAUAAACAGCCAUUUCUGAGACAGAUUGAUUUCACUGGAAUAAUGUAUCCACAUAUUAAACAUUCCAUCUUUUUGCUAAGAUCGGCAUGGAUGUGUUCAUGCUUUUUAUAUGUACAUGUGUAUGUGUCAGGGAAAUACAUACUAUAUAAAAAUAUACAUACACACUGUACAUAUAUUUUCAGUUUUUUAAUGUGUACUUUGCACUGUGCCAGAGAGAACUGUACAAUUUCUUGUUGUUUUUUUACCAGUAAAUUUAGUUUUGUAUUACUUUCAUUAGCACCUGUUUAGUUUGUUCUUGGAGUCAGAAGGUGACAAACAAUCAAAAGGUGUUUAUAUUCAUACAGGCAAGGUCCCUGUACUAUGCAAUACUCCUGGUUAUUCAUCCCUUAACUCUGAGCCAUAUAUUCUGAUAUAUAUUUGGAAAGACACAUUUGGUUCCAAUGUUUUGGGUUUAUAUUUCCUGUGAGGAAGUGCUACUAUGUAACUCAUAAACCUUUUUUUUGGGUAAAAUUGGUGCUGUUUGUAUAAGCUGCAAGAAUGAGUGGUGAUAAUAAAACAGUUUGUUGUCACUGCCAGUUGUAAAAUACAUCAGGGACAAGAAAAUAUACUUUCUGUUUAGGAAACUGAAUGUACUGUAUGUAAUAGUCAAGUGAUAAAAACUGUUUGUUAGGGAAGGUGUAUUCCUAAAAUGGUAGGAUUUAUUGUAUUUCUUAAUGCCUUUUUAUAUGAAAACAUACAGUAUAAAUGUAUUUUUUACACAUUCCUUUUUUGAAAAUUACUUUCUUUACCCAUAGACUGAUACUCAACAGAUUUCAGCAGAGGUACUGCUAGAAAACAGCAAAUUUUGUGACUCACAAGUCCAAGUAUUUUAUUAUUUUAAGUGACUGCAAUGCAAUUUCAAUUCAGAAAGUCAUUUGGGCCCUGAGAAUUGUUUUUGUUAUUACAUCAUUAGACAUUUGACACUAAAGUUUAUCUGCAUCAAUUUGUUUUGCAUAUCUUUCAUGGUGCAUGUAUGCUUAGAUGAUACAAUACAGGCAUGCUUUUUAUAGCAAGAAAAUAUCAGAGCAUUGAUUGAAGAAACAGAAUAUUUUCUCUUGGUGUUAGAAAAAUAUUGGCUUAACUUUCAUAUGGUUACACCAAAAAUUAUAUAUUAAUGGAAUCAUCAUGCCCUAUGUGUUCAGUAUAUUGUUUAUACAUAUAUAUAAUUGUAUACUACUUCUUCUAUGUUUUAUUAUGCUGAAUUUGGGUUCUUCAGCAUAAAAAGAUCCCAUACAAUUUAAGUGGAAGUAAUUGACUGAAAACAGCUUUCAUUUUUUACGUUGCCCUUGGCAUAAGAAAAACAAAGAUGUUUGAAUUUUCUAUUUGGUCUUUUGUACAUGGCACUAUUAUGGGUAUAAAUAUUUGUUCAUGGCAUUCUGUGUACCCAUGUGCACAAAGAUAACUGUGAUGUUUCUGCACCAGAA